AUGCGUGUGGCUACUGUGGUACUAAUUGCUUGUGUUCUGGCUGUAGGCCUACUCGGAGGCAAUGUGGAAGCAAGGGGUUUAGAAACUGCAAAGAGAUGUGCCUCAGAAACACAACUCAAUGAAAUGCCUAUAAAGGAUAUAUUCAGUCAUGGGGAAGAACCUAAUAAAAAAAUAAAAUGUUUCGUUGCUUGCAUAGCUAGAGAAGAUGAUGUUCUUGUUCACGGAAAGUUCAACAAAGACAAAAUUUUCGAGACGCUUCCGGAUGAUUUUCCAAAUCGUGAUAAGGUUGUAGAACUGUUGGCAAAAUGCAGUGACGAGAAGGGAUCCGACGACUGCGAGACAGCUUAUCUCGGUGUCAAAUGUCUGCGUGAUAAUAGGAUACCACUUCCGUUACUCUUGAAUACUGGAAAUUAA